UAAGCCCCAGUUUAGCCUGCCCUUGGGUACCUCUCAGCCCUCCUCGCCCCUGCGGUGCUGAGGGUCGCCCCGCCGGACUACAUUUCCCAGCAGCCCUCUCGCGGCCCCUGAGGCGGCAGCAGCGAGGCGCAUGCGCCUUGUGCCACCACGCCUGGUCUCCGGGACGCCCGUGCAAACCAGUUUCGGCUCGCAGAGCCGGCAGGUCCUGACGCUGCGGCCCGGGUUGUAGCGGACUCAAGUGUGCCGUACCUCCGGCCAGUGCCAUGAUCCGGCAGGAGCGCUCCACAUCCUACCAGGAGCUGAGUGAGGAGUUGGACCAGGUGAUUGAGAACUCAGAGCAGGCAGACAAGCUGGAUGAAGAGACAAUCAAAGUCCAAGGUCCGGGUUUCUUACCAGGCCUGGACAGCGAGUCCGUCUCCAGCAGCAUCCGCUUCAGCAAGGCCUGCCUGAAGAAUGUCUUCUCGGUCCUGCUUAUCUUCAUCUACCUGCUGCUCAUGGCUGUGGCCGUCUUCCUGGUUUACCAGACCAUCACGGACUUUCGUGAGAAACUCAAGCACCCUGUCAUGUCUGUGUCCUACAAAGAGGUGGAUCGCUAUGAUGCCCCAGGUAUUGCCCUAUAUCCUGGUCAGGCCCAGUUGCUCAGCUGUAAGCACCAUUACGAGGUCAUUCCCCCUCUGACGAACCCCGGCCAGCCAGGUGACAUGAAUUGUACCACCCAGAGGAUCAACUACACGGACCCUUUCUCCAAUCAGACCGUGAAAUCCGCCUUGAUUGUCCAGGGGCCCCGGGAAGUGAAGAAGCGGGAGCUGGUCUUCCUCCAGUUCCGCCUGAACAAAAGUAGCGAGGACUUCAGUGCCAUUGAUUACCUCCUAUUCUCUUCUUUCCAGGAGUUCCUGCGAAGCCCAGACAGGGUAGGCUUCAUGCAGGCCUGUGAGAGUGCCUAUUCCAGCUGGAAAUUCUCUGGGGGCUUCCGCACCUGGGUCAAGAUGUCACUGGUGAAGACCAAGGAAGAGGAUGGGCGGGAAGCGGUGGAGUUCCGGCAGGAGACGAGUGUGGUUAACUACAUUGACCAGAGGCCAGCUGCCGAAAAAAGUGCUCAGUUAUUUUUUGUGGUUUUUGAAUGGAAAGAUCCUUUCAUCCAGAAAGUCCAAGAUAUAAUCACUGCCAAUCCUUGGAACACAAUUGCUCUUCUCUGCGGGGCCUUCUUGGCGUUAUUUAAAGCAGCAGAGUUUGCCAAACUGAGUGUGAAAUGGAUGAUCAAAAUUAGAAAGAGAUACCUUAAAAGAAGAGGUCAGGCAACGAACCACAUAAGCUGAAGCCGCCUUGCGUUAUUCAUGGAACUGCCCACUUGGAAGUUCUUACCACUUCCACUUUGAUAAACUGAGCUACCAGCAAUCCUGUAUUCACUUGAAGAAAUGGGGCCUUCCUGGGAGGGACAGCAACUUCUAACCUGGCCCAGAAAGAGGCUGUUUAGAGCCCAACAGAAAAGAUCGAAUGGGUAACCUAAAAGUUAUUUAAGUGUUUAAAUUAUUAGUAGUCAUUUUAAAGAGCUGUCCAAUGACUUGUGAGGGUUUGUAGAAGAUGCCUUUUUCCCAUUUGGUUCAUUGUACAGUUAAGCUCUACAGGAUAAUUAAGGUUGUACGUUUUACCUUAGGUUUUCCCCUGAGGUUUCUGAAAUGGACAGAAGAAGAGUGUAAUCUUUUUCCAAAACCCCGUAACUAUCAAGAUAUGUGGGUCAUACUUUGGAACCUAUGCACUGUACACAAAGGUAAAACUCUUAUGACUUUGGCAUCACUUGCUAUUGAUGUUACCUAGCCUCUGACAAGCUCUCUCAUUUGUUAAAUAUUACAUGAGACUUUAAAAAACUAGUAAUUAAAUUUCUUAUGUCCUGACUAGCCACCUACUUGUCUGGCUAGAAUAUUUGCUGAUACAAGUAUGAGUCUAGAGUCAUUAGCACUCAAAAGCAUUGGGACAGAUGUACAUAGUAGAUGCCCACUCAGUGUAUUUUGAUGAUUUCAUUAACAGGGAAAUAAAAGUUAGGUUAAUAGAAAAGAAAUAAGUGUGCCAGGAUGAAUAUCUGCUAAAUCAGCAGGCACCAAUACGCUUUGAUUCUGUGACCUCCAAAAACAAAAGGUAGCGUGAGUCUGGAUUCCCAGGAUGGAUGGAUCUGACUCCCAAGGUAUGUCCUGACUGCUUCCAGGGAAGGGGUAGGUUGGGCAUGGUGAUUGACAGUGGGUGACCAGGAACAAUAACAUUCCGUGCCAUGUGCAUAAGCUGUGUUAAGUCCUUAUCCUUCAAAACCACCUGUCUGAGAAAGGGGCCCUCAGUAUGACCCUUAAAGCUUUCAGCCUAGGUUUUGACAAAAGUGAGUACUUCUAAAAAGCCAUCUAGCUAUUUCUCACAUUGACUGAGUUAAGGUUAUAAAAAUGGUUUCCAGAGUUUUAAAUUAUUUAAUGCCCACUGCAUCCACAGAGGACUUGGUAGCAUUUCCUAAAUUUUAUAAUCUGGCUUUAGAUAAUCCAGAGAGAAAAACGCAAAUGUAUGAGUAGGGCAUUUUUAUCUCAUGUCUGUCUAAGCAAAAACUUUUGUGGUUGAAUUAUUAAAAGUGAACUUGUGUAAAGACA